AUGGGGCAGCAAUGCUGCGGCGCGCGGGCUCGAGAGGAGUAUCCGGCGUAUCCCUUUCUGGCGGACGCGAGUCCAUUUGAAGCCUACGGUGACGAGUCAGGUCGUGCUCUCCUUCCGGAGCCACAGGCUCAGGCUCUUCCCCACGUGGAGGAGCCCAAGCCCACCUCUGAGGACGCUGUUGAGGAAGAUGCCCAAAGCGAUAAGUCCAAGGCCUCUCAGGACAAGAAAGCCGAAGUUAUCCUCAGUCUUGCAGUGCUUCUGGGGAAGGGAGGGCCGGGCAGGAAGAAGCGCAAGGCGCCGCUUCGAGCGACGGCUGGCGACCCAAGAAGGCCCAAGAUGAGCGAUCUCAAGAAGGUCGGUCUCCUGGGAGCAGGUGGCUUCGGCAUCGUAGAACUGUGGGAACACAAGACCGCCUGUGAAACCUACGCCGUGAAAUGCGUCAGCAAAGGGCUCAUAGUGGAGACGGGCACACAGGACAAUGUCAUCACUGAGAAGAACAUCCUCUUUAUGACGAAUUCCGACUUCAUCAUCCGCCUCUAUCAGACGUACAACUCCAAGCAGUGGAUCUAUUUCUUGAUGGAGCCUGCUUUAGGAGGAGACCUGCACUCAGUCUACCAUCGGAAGGGCUUCUACGGCAGCGAGAAACAUGCAAGAUACUAUUCGGCUGGCGUGGUGUGUGCACUCGAGCAUCUACACGAAAGGAACAUCGUCUACAGGGACCUGAAGCCGGAGAAUCUGCUCCUCAACGAGAAGGGCCACCUGAAGGUCACAGACAUGGGCUUGGCCAAAGUCGUCAUUGGUAAGACCUACACGACCUGUGGCACCGCCGAGUACUAUGCUCCGGAGGUCAUUGCGAUGACUGGACACAGCCAUGCCGUCGACUGGUGGAUGCUUGGGGUGCUCAUCUUCGAGCUCAUGACAGGGUCGUCUCCUUUCGGAGCGCCGAGCCAGAUGGAAAUCUACGAGAAAGUAUUGAACGGCAUCAACGCAGUGGAGUUUCCGCCGCAGCUCCUCCAAUGUGAGGACCUGUGCAAGGCCAUGUGUGAAAACGAGCCAUGGAACCGACUCCCGAUGCUCCCGGGCGGUGCCCAGAACUUGAAGGCCCAUGCAUGGUACAAAGGGUCCUUCGACUGGGACAAGUUUGAGGAGUUCACUUUGGAUCCCCCUUUUGCACCAGAGGUGAGGGGAAAGAAGGAGUUGGCCAACUUUGCCGUCCAUCCCGAUCAACUGCCACGAUUCAUCGAGUACGUAGACAACGGCAGUUGGGACCAGGACUUCGCGACGUGCUGA